UUGAGCAGCACUGCGAUCGAAUAAAACGCGAAAAUUGUGUUGCACGCGCUACCUCUGCCUCGGGCUGAGAACUUGGCCGAUAAACAAUAAAAAAUUCGAUCAGUGAGGAAGCAGAAACUAUAUCUGCUUAUUAAAAACUUGUCUACUACUAUGUUCAAUUGAGCUGCAGUUGCAUCCCAGUCAUUUAACUCUAAAUAUCGGAUCAACAUGAGCCCAAAGCUGCACGAGUUCGCUGUGCUGCUCCAGCGUGAUGGUCAGGGUACACCCUGGGGCAUCCGUUUGGUUGGUGGUAACGAUUUGGAUACGCCGUUAAUCAUCACUAGGGUGCAAGUUGGCAGCCCAUCAUAUGGAGAGCUGCUGCGUGGCGACAUUAUAGCCAAGAUCGGUGAGUACGAUGCACGGGACUUGAGUCACGCUGAUGCCCAGCAGCUGUUUCGCGGAGCUGGCAACGAAAUUCGAUUGGUUGUGCACAGGGACAACACAAUCGCCUAUACUCAGGGUGUCAAUCAGGAGAGCGGUUCGGGCAGCAAUCCAAAGGUGUCUGCCGCUAGUCCGCAGUUGUCGCAGCAUCCGCAUCGUGGACCAUCACCCUUUCUACCCGGUCCCAGUCAUUUUGAGCGUGCGCUGCAGCUACCUGUGGAUACCUUGCCGCAAACGGUAUUUCCACAGCUGAAUGCCUCGGGUGGCUAUGUGGCGCCCUCGGAUAUGUUUUCGCCCAAGCCGACACGUGAUUAUCAACAGGAUGUGGCCGAGGAGCAAGCAGCCAUAAUUAAUCAGCCAUACCGAACAACUCCACUGGUUCUGCCAGGUGCCAAAGUGAAAAAGGAUGCGCCCUCAACAGACUCAUACUUGAGACACUACCCAAAUCCAGCUGUGCGCGCCCAUCCCGGACACGACUACCAUGACAGUAUCAUGAAGCAACGCGUUGCCGAUACCAUGUUGCACAAGGUUGUUGGCCAGGAUGCCGAUACUGGCAGAGUUUUCCACAAGCAAUUCAACUCGCCGAUUGGUCUGUACUCAAACCACAACAUUGAGGACACCAUCAGAACAACAGUUCCCUUUGCCACAAGCGAUAGUUAUCGCUUGAAGGAAAGUCCUUUGCAUCGUCCUUUGCCAACAAAACUUGACGGCUAUAAGAAAACUCUUGUUUACGAUCCAAGGAAUAGCGAGACCUACAGAGCCAUUCAAGAAGACGGCGGUUACAGCAGCUAUGGCCACUCCUCACCGCAGGAAGUAACCAUACCUGUGCAGACUAAGGUCUAUCAGCCAAAUAGAUUGGUUCCAGGAAAGAAACCAUUUUCAGCGCCAGUAUCCCGGCCGCCGUACAAUGUGGUAAACACCCACGAUGAGAAUAUUCGCCAGAGCGGCUCUUUCAAUCGUUUGAUGUACAGCGUGAUUGGUGCAACCGACUACUAAAACAACAACAAAAUUAGCAGCAACAAGAACAACAAGAGCAACAGCAACAUCAAUAAUAAGAGCAGGAAGAACGCAGGCGACAACAAGAAUAACAACAACAGUUGCUAGUUAAGAGUUACUUAACCAAUUUAGCGGAUUUUUAAUGAAAUUCUGUUUAAUUUAUUGAAUACUUAAUUUAUAUAAAGAACGACAAAAACAUGCAACUAACAAAAAACCCCUUAAAAUAUUACGAAUCGGAAACAGAUAUUGAUCGGAGAUGAACUAAAUUAUUAUACAUACUAUAUAAAAUAAAAUUGCUCAUAGAUGAGUUAAUUGUUCUCAA